AUGUCUGGCGUACAAGUUCCUGAACUCGACUUGAGAGAAGUGGACAUAUGUGUCGGGGAAUUCGAGUCUGGGGAGCAAGAGAGCGGAGUUUUUGUGAAUUUAGGGGCGUCCUGUAUUAACGAGAAGUGGGAUUCAUCAGAAGGUCGACAUGGAUUCCAGGAUUCGGGUUCCUAUUGUACUGAGCGCACUGGCGGACAGACGGGGUUCAGAAACUUUUCCACACACUCCCUGGAGUCUGACGCGGCACUAACUGCGGCGGUUUGCUCUGAGCCACGCUGGCAUGAAGCCAGUACCAGGUCUGAUGAAGAAGAUGGCAUGCUGGUGUGCAGAUCCUCUAUAGUGGACUGUUUACUGGUGGAACUGUACGAUACCUACAGCAGCGGGAGGAGCCGCAGGAGUGCGGACAGUCUGGACAGCUCGACCGAAGCCUCCGGAUCAGACGCUUUUUUGGGCCGGAGUAACCCGGCCUCCAGUUUCCUACAGGAACUACUACAGAAGCACACCAAGAGACACCAGAGGAACUACCUCGCUCAGAAAGAUCCAGAGGAGCUGAAGUGGAUUAUUCAGGAAGUGAAUUAUCGUAUUGGAAUUCAGUCAGCAAAACUCAUACGGCAGUUGAAAAGGAAGGACCGACUCUUAUACAAGCAGCAGAAGAAAUCUGACAUCGUUACCGCCUGUCUGCAAGCUGUCUCUCCUAAAAGAAGGGUGGAUACUAGGUUGAAGUUUACUCUUGAACCAUCUCUUGGCAAAAAUGGCUUUCAACAGUGGUAUGAUGCCCUCAAGGCAGUGGCCAGACUCCCAACUGGCAUCCCAAAAGAGUGGAGGAAGAGGGUUUGGUUAACCUUAGCUGAUCAGUACCUUCAUAGCAUCUCCAUAGACUGGGAGAAGACCAUGAGAUUUGCUUUUAAUGAGCGCAGCAAUCCAGAUGAUGACUCUCUAGGAAUUCAGAUAGUAAAGGACUUGCACAGGACUGGCUGCAGUUCUUACUGUGGUCAGGAAGCAGAGCCAGACCGGGUGGUACUGAAGCGGGUCUUGCUGGCGUAUGCCCGCUGGAACAAAACUGUCGGUUACUGCCAAGGCUUCAAUGUGCUGGCUGCCCUCAUCCUGGAGGUCACAGAGGGCAACGAGGGUGAUGCCUUAAAGGUGAUGAUUUAUCUGAUUGAUAAGGUGCUUCCGGACAGCUACUUUGCUAACAACCUGCGGGCUCUGUCUGUGGAUAUGGCUGUGUUUAGAGAUCUGCUCAGGCUUCAACUUCCUGAGCUCUCUCAGCACCUCCACCACUUACAGAAAGUGGCAAACCGGGCAGGAGGAGGGAGCUACGAGCCUCCGCUCACCAAUGUAUUUACCAUGCAGUGGUUUCUCACCAUGUUUGCCACCUGCCUGCCCCACCAUACUGUGCUCAAGAUCUGGGACUCAGUCUUCUUUGAGGGCUCCGAAAUGCUGCUACGUGUAGCCUUGGCUAUUUGGGCUAAAUUGGCAGAGAGGAUUGAAGAGUGCCAGACUGCAGAUGAAUUUUACAGCACUAUGGGCUGUCUGACGCAGGAGAUGCUGGAGGACAACUUGAUCGACUCCAAUGAGCUCUUGCAGACAGUCUACUCCAUGGCCACUUUCCCCUUCCCCCAGCUGGCUGAGCUGAGAGAAAAGUACACGUAUAAUAUCACUCCUUUCCCAGCUCCAGUUAAGGCCAAUGGCAGUCAAGGCCUGCAUGGAUGGGAGAGUGAUGAUGAUGGUGACAUGGAUGAUGAGGAUUCGAUCGUCACUGCUCUGGGAUGUUUGGGACCACUAGGUGGCCUCCUGGCUCCUGAAAUUCAAAGAUACCAAAAGCACUUAAAAGAACAACGAGGGGAGCAGAGUUCUCCCUGUAGCAGCAUAGCCGAACUGAGCCCCGGGGCAGUGGGGGCAGGUCGAGCCGAGCAUCAGACCACCAUAAACAGCAUGAUGCUGGAGCGCAUGAGUACAGACGUGAGAGCGCUUACCCAGCAGUACUACCGCACCAAGAGACGUCAGCAGCAACAAGCCAACCUGCUCUACAUCCAGACAGGACCGCCCGUGGAAGCUGAGCCUGUUGCACCUCAUCAGAACAGUAAACACACAAGCCCUGACACUGGCAGAUGUCCAGCUACUGGCAUCUUUGCCUCCCAAGUCCAUACUUCCCCUGUAGUCAAUCAUCUUUUCCUGGGAAAGAAACCUGGAGUUGCUCAGCAUACAUGCAGAAAUAGUAUGCUCCAGGGGCUUAAGGGUUCCCCUGGCCCACUUCCUCAAUCCCAGUCUACCCCCAACCUUAAUUACAGGACUUGUACGAUCAAUCAGUCUCCGUGGCGUGAUCAUGUUCGUGCUCAUCGCCGAAACCUGGCGCGGGCUCGAGCCCAGCUGGGCUUCGAUGACUCUUUGGAGCUGGAGGAUACAACUGGCAGCUCUGGGGACAAAAUCAACAGAGAGGGGGAAGAAGAGACAACUAAGGAAAAGAAAAUGCAGGACGAGGAAAAGAAAACUGAGAGUGAAGAUCAGGACAUAGUGGAGAAGCCAGUGCAGGGGACUGUAGAACAAGAAGACCUGGAGAUCCAAUUGAGAGCUCAAGAUGAGAGCUGCACAGAAGUAAACAAUAUUGAAAAGCAACUGUCCACUUUAGAGCUAGAACCACCUGAGCAAGCACCUUCUUCUGUACUAAAUGAUCCAGAAAUACCUACACCACUACCACAGCCAGAACUCCAGGAUGUUUCACAGUCACAGUCAAAGCCACAGCAGUUUGUCCCAGCAACAGCAUGUUCCACCAGUCACACGAGUUCUGACUCGUCUAGCUCAGAAAGUGCAGAAAGCUCUUUAAAGCAGAGUUCCUCUGUAGCCUCCAUUCCUGAGAUAAUCACUAAACCGCAGCAGAUUUUUUCCCCUUUCCCCUGCGUCAAAGCACCCCGCAAGUCCAUAGCCGCCCGGAACCUGGGUCUGUACGGUCCUACUGCCAGAACUCCCAAUGUCCACUUUCCUCAUAUGAGCAAAACCAUGAAUCGAAUGGGAAAUAGUAUGACUGUGUCCACUAGGUGGUGAUGAUCGGCAGGUUAAAUGAACGUUGCAGUGUUUUCAACCUAAACGCUACCUAGCAAACAACAGUGUGUGUGCAGUUUCCACAAAGCAGUUUUAACAUGUUUUCCUGUAUUAAAAUUCAAAUCAUCAUAAAAACAGUGUACACAAAACCAAAUUGAGGGUCUUUGG